CACAAUCACAGCCCCUAGCCGCGCUCGCGCAUCUGACCAGUGCCACAGCGGCCGGAGAUGCAGCGGGGUGCCGCGCUAUGCCUGCGCCUGUGGCUCUUCUUUGGACUGCUCGACAGCAAGCGUGGCCCAGCAAGUGGCUACUCCAUGACGCCCCCAACCCUGAACAUCACAGAAGAGACACACAUCAUCGACUCCAGUGACAGCCUGUCCAUCUCCUGCAGGGGGCAGCACCCUCUCGAGUGGGCCUGGCCAGGGGCUCAGGAUGCACCAGUCAUGGGGGAGAAGGAUAGUGAGGACACAGGGAUCGUGCGAGACUGUGAGGGCACGGACACCCGGCCCUACUGCAAGGUUCUGCUGCUUCAGGAGGCCCACGCCAAUGACACAGGCAGCUACCGCUGCUACUACAAGUACAUCAAGGCCCGCAUCGAGGGCACCACUGCAGCCAGCACCUACGUGUUCGUGAGAGACCCGGAGCAGCCAUUCAUCAACAAGCCGGACACACUCCUGGUCAACAGGAAGGACUCCAUGUGGGUGCCCUGCCGGGUGUCCAUCCCUGGCCUCAACAUCACGCUGCGCUCGCAAAGUUCAGUGCUGCGACCUGAUGGGCAAGAGGUGGUGUGGGAUGACCGCCGAGGCAUGCGGGUACCCACCCCGCUGCUGCGUGACGCCCUGUACCUGCAGUGUGAGACCUCCUGGGGUGGCCAGGCCUUCCUAUCCAACCCCUUCCUCGUGCACAUCACAGGCAACGAGCUCUAUGACAUCCAGCUAUUCCCCAAGAAAUCACUGGAACUGCUGGUUGGGGAGAAGCUGGUUCUGAACUGCACCGUGUGGGCCGAGUUCAACUCAGGCGUCACCUUCGACUGGGACUAUCCAGGGAAGCAGGCAGAGCGGGGCAAGUGGGUGCCGGAGCGGCGCUCCCAGCAGACUCACACGGAGCUCUCCAGCAUCCUCACCAUCCACAACGUCAGCCAGCACGACUUGGGCCCAUACGUGUGCCAGGCCAACAAUGGCAUCCAGCAAUUCCAGGAGAGCACUGAGGUCAUUGUGCAUGAAAAGCCCUUCAUCAGUGUCGAGUGGCUCAAGGGUCCCGUCCUGGAGGCCACAGCAGGAGACGAGCUGGUGAAACUGCCCGUGAAGCUGGCCGCGUACCCCCUGCCGGAGUUCCAAUGGUAUAAGGACAGAAAGGCACUGUCCGGACGCCACAGCCCGCAUGCUCUGGUGCUCAAGGAGGUGACAGAGGCCAGUGCGGGCAUCUACACCCUUGCCCUGUGGAACUCCGCGGCCGGCCUGAGGCGCAACAUCAGCCUGGAGCUGGUGGUGAAUGUGCCCCCCCACAUCCACGAGAAGGAGGCCUCCUCCCCCAGCAUCUACUCCCGCCACAGUCGCCAGGCCCUCACCUGUACUGCCUACGGGGUGCCCCCUCCACUAGGGAUCCAGUGGCACUGGCGGCCGUGGACGCCCUGCAAGACCUUCACCCAACGCAGCCUCAGCCACCGGAGGCAGCAGAGAGACCGAAUGCCACAGUGCCGGGACUGGAGGGAGGUGACCACGCAGGAUGCCAUAAACCCCAUUGAGAGCCUGGACACCUGGACUGAGUUUGUGGAGGGCAAGAAUAAGACGGUGAGCAAGCUGGUUAUCCAGGAUGCCAAUGUGUCUGCCAUGUACAAGUGCGUGGUCUUCAACAAAGUGGGCCAGGAUGAGCGGCUCAUCUACUUCUACGUGACCACCAUUCCUGAUGGCUUCAGCAUAGAAUCCGAGCCAUCAGAGGAGCCCCUAGAGGGCCAGACCGUGCGCCUGAGCUGCCGGGCUGACAACUACACUUAUGAGCAUCUGCGCUGGUACCGCCUCAACCUGUCCAUGCUGCAUGAUGCACACGGGAACCCGCUGCUGCUCGACUGCAAGAAUGUGCACCUCUUCGCCACGCCGCUGGCCGCCAGCCUGGAAGAGGCUGCACCCGGGGUGCGCCACACCACACUCAGCCUGACCAUCCCCAGCGUGGCGCUUGAGCACGAAGGCGACUACGUGUGCGAGGUGCAGGACCGGCGCAGCCACGACAAGCACUGCCAUAAGAAGUACCUGUCAGUGCAGGCCCUGGAAGCCCCGCGGCUCACACAGAACUUGACGGACCUCCUCGUGAACGUGAGUGAUUCCUUGGAGAUGCGGUGCCCAGUGGCCGGGGCGCACGUGCCCAGCAUCGUGUGGUACAAAGAUGAGAGGCUGCUGGCGGAAGAGUCCGGAAUCGACCUGACGGACUCCAACCAGAAGCUGAGCAUCCGGCGCGUGCGCGAGGAGGACGCAGGCCGCUAUCUAUGCAGCGUGUGCAACGCCAAGGGCUGCGUCAACUCCUCCGCCAGCGUGGCGGUGGAAGGCUCCGAAGAUAAAGGCAGCAUGGAGAUCGUGAUCCUUGUUGGCACCGGGGUGAUCGCCGUCUUCUUCUGGGUCCUCCUCCUCCUCAUCUUCUGUAACAUGAGGAGGCCAACCCAUGCAGACAUCAAGACUGGCUACCUGUCCAUCAUCAUGGACCCUGGGGAAGUACCUUUGGAGGAGCAGUGUGAAUACCUGUCCUAUGAUGCCAGCCAGUGGGAGUUCCCCCGGGAACGGCUGCACCUGGGGCGAGUCCUUGGUCAUGGAGCCUUCGGGAAGGUGGUGGAAGCCUCGGCCUUUGGCAUCAACAAAGGCAGCAGCUGUGACACUGUGGCGGUGAAGAUGCUGAAAGAGGGCGCCACAGCCAGCGAGCACCGCGCCCUGAUGUCAGAGCUCAAAAUCUUAAUCCACAUCGGUAACCAUCUCAACGUGGUCAACCUGCUGGGGGCAUGCACCAAGCCCAACGGCCCCCUCAUGGUGAUUGUGGAGUUCUGCAAGUACGGCAACCUGUCCAACUUCUUACGCGCCAAGCGGGAGGCCUUCAACCCCUACGCGGAGAAGACCCUUGAGCAGCGAAGGCGCUUCCGCUCCAUGGUGGAGAGCGCCAAGGCUGACAGGAGGAGGCCAGGGACCAGCGACAGGGCCCUCCUCACGAAGCUCCUCACGGGCAAGGGCGGGGCGGGGCGGGCCCCUCUGGUCCAAGAAGCGGAGGACCUGUGGCUGAGCCCACUGACCAUGGAAGACCUUGUCUGCUACAGCUUCCAGGUGGCCCGAGGGAUGGAGUUCCUGGCCUCCCGCAAGUGCAUCCACAGAGACCUGGCCGCUCGGAACAUCUUGCUGUCAGAAAGUGAUGUGGUGAAGAUCUGUGACUUUGGCCUGGCUCGGGACAUCUACAAAGACCCUGACUACGUGCGCAAGGGCAGUGCCCGGCUGCCCCUGAAGUGGAUGGCCCCUGAGAGCAUCUUCGACAAGGUGUACACCACGCAGAGCGAUGUGUGGUCCUUCGGGGUGCUCCUCUGGGAGAUCUUCUCCCUGGGGGCCUCCCCGUACCCUGGGGUGCAGAUCAAUGAGGAGUUCUGCCAGCGGCUGAAAGAGGGCACCCGGAUGAGGGCCCCAGAGCUGGCCACUCCUGCCAUACGCCGCAUCAUGCUGAGCUGCUGGGCCGGAGAACCCAAAGAGAGGCCCGCAUUCUCAGACCUGGUGGAGAUCCUGGGGGACCUGCUCCAGGCCGGGAGCCGGCAGGAAGAGGAGGACUGCUUGGCACCCUGCGACUCUCAGAGCUCAGAGGAGGGCAGCUUCUUGCAGGCGUCCACCACGGCCCUGCAUGUCGCCGAGGCAGACACUGACGCCGAGGACAGCCCACCGAGCCUGCACCGGCACAGCCUGGCUGCCAGAUAUUACAACUGUGUGUCCUUUCCGGGGUGCCUUGCCAGAGGUUCUCAGACCCAGGGUCCUUCCAGGAUGAAAACGUUUGAAGAAUUUCCCAUGACCCCGACAACCUAUAAGGCCUCGGCAGAUAACCAGACGGACAGUGGGAUGGUGCUGGCCUCCGAGGAGUUUGAGCGGCUGGAGAACAGACACAGACAAGAAGGCAAGCUCAGCUGUAAAGGACCUGGCAGGAAUGCGGAUGUGACUGCGGUGCACCCUGACCCCCAAGGGCAGUGGCCGCGGCCAGACCGGGGAGCCCGGGGUCAGGUGUUCUACAACAGCGAGUACGGGGAGCUGGCAGGGCCACAAGAGGAGGGCGACAGCACCCCAUCCACCCACGUGCCCUUCUUCACAGACAACAGCUACUAAAUCAGCUCUGGGCAAGGCCCCCCUGGACCCUGGGCUCUUGACAGUCGGUGGGGGCCAUGCCUGGCAAGGGAGCAGAGGGCCAGAGGCCCAGGCUGGGAACUCAUCUUCUUUAGUUCGAGCCAGGAGGCAUUUCCUCCUCCUUAGCUGGGAAGAGCAAAAUCUAGGCACCAGGGCUGCCCUGCACUCCAUCACCAUGCCUGCCCGGGCCACCCUGCAGACCCCUGGGGCCCUUCUCCCUUUCAGAUUCUGACUCCACUUAGCUCAAAGUUCACAGGGGCUGACCCUGAGCUGGUCACGCUCCUAGGCAGUCUCUUUGGAUGCCUUCUCCCACCAUGAUGGGUGGUGUGAUCCCUAAUUUCUUAUGAGAAAUACAAGGGUCUGAGGGUCGUAUGGUGAUGGAGGUUGAACUGUGUCUCCCAGCCUCCGCCCCAAAUUCAGCCCCCUCCACACAGCCCUCCCUUCCCUUGGGAUCGGCUUUCUUCACUCGCUUCUCCAGGGCUGAAGAGAGGGCACUUGUAUUUCCAGCUCAGAGUAAUGAAUGAGGAAUGUGUGUGGGGCAAGAAGGGGAGGUCCUCUCCUGAACCUGGCCAGAGCCCAGAGCAGGCGUCUCUGCAGUGCCAAGCCAUGAGUUACAAUCUGCCUUCUUCUCCUGAGUGUUGAGAACUUUGCAUCAUUGGCUUUUUACAUUAGAACUUCAGCCUAAAGGGAUUUACUUUUUAAAGCUUCAGCCUGAAGGGAGCCCAGGGAAGGUCUUCCUGAGUCUGGAUGAUUCUUGCCUCUGAUCCCCACCAUCCCGAGUCAAGUCAAGUGCUAUCAUAAUAGACCCUACUGUGGCCACCUCUUUCGAGAUGGUCCCCAGCCCCACCUCCUAGCCCAGAAUUGGAAGAAUCACCUGAAGGUCCAGAAUGUCCCAUUUGAGAAACACCAGGUUCUUCCCUCUGGGGCCUGGAUCUGUCACCUGAGGCACCUCCCAAGCUGUGAAGAGCCUUAUGACAAGCAAACACCAUGGGUUCCACUGAAGAAGGCUUUGGGGCUGGCCCAGAGGACCCACCAGCAUUGCUCUGUGCCAGGAGGCAAUCAUCAGAUGUUCCUAUAACCCCAGGGAGGCCGUGUCUUCUGCCCCCUAGUCUGUACCUGACAUCCGUGCCCUGGAAGGUCAAGCCUCUGCCCUCACAGGAUCUUCUGGAGGCUGGAGCUGUUUUCCUCAGGGCGCUCCAUCCCAGUUCGCACUGCCUCUCCACCCGCAACCCCCGACCUGGGAGGCCCCUCGUCCCAGUUAGCACCACAGAGAUUGACACCGACCCCUACUCCAUGAGACGCUUGCAGGACAGGCGCUGUGAAGAGAGCAGGGGCUGGCCCAGCGGACCCCCCCUCCCACACCAUUGUGUAUUGUUCCUUUAGGAUACAUUGAAUGCAGGUGUGUCCCCAGUGAUCCUCCUCCUCUGAUGUCAUCUGACUGUAAGGCUUGGGUUGCAGGUUUACCUGGUGGAAGUUCAAAAGCCAUUAUCUAUCAGAAGAGCAAUGUGUGCAGUUUGGGUGCAGGACCCUGGGGCUUCAGACGCCCCCUCCCCCCACAUGUGUACCACCUGUUUGUGUCACCUCUCUUCCUGUCACAUAACUGCACACACAAACAUGUUCUGGGAAGAAAACCUACCCUACCUUCCUCUGUAGAACAUGUUCUCUGAAAAGAUAAAAUAUUUAACAAAAGAUAAUAAUAAAUUUGAUGCCAGUCUUGAGUUAUAAUGAA